AUGUUCGCGCUUGUGCUCUCUGCAGAGCUUAACGGAGUCACCAACCUCCGUCCUAAAGAUACCGCUGAAGACCCGUACUACUACACCUUCAAGGUCCAAUGCAACUCUUGUCAUGAAACCCACCCCAACUGGGUGAGCUUCACUCGCUAUCAUGAGAUUCCAGGAAGUCGUGGAGAGGCCAACUUUGUGUGGAAAUGCAGGCUCUGCCAGCAAACACACUCUGCCGUCAUAACGGCAGGACCCAACGCGCUUCAACAAUCGGAGGACAACAAAUCCAAGGGACAGAAGAUCAUCGAAUUUGACUGUCGCGGUCUCGAGUUUAUCGAGUUCAAGCCUGAUGGCGAGUGGGAAGCCAAAGGACUGGAGACUACUACAACAUUCUCCAGCAUCGAUCUCUCCGAGGGCGAGUGGUACGAUUACGACGAGAAGGCAGGCGAGGAGGUGAGCAUCAAGGACGUGACCUGGGAGAUCAAGAGGGCUUAA